CUCCCUCUCUCUCCCCCUCCCCUCUUCCUUCCGGUCUUCUCCAUCCGUCUUUGCCUCGCCCCGCCUCUGGCUCCCGUCUUCCUUUUCCCCUGCUGUCCUCCCCCGCAUCUCCCUUCCCUCCCUCCCUCCCAUAAUGUUUGCCUCCCGGGAGUUCGUCUCGCCAGAGGGUCUCCGCCUGGAUGGGCGGCGAGUCAAUGAGCUCCGGCGCCUGCGUGUGCGCUCCGGCCCGCUGACCGAUGCCGACGGCUCCUCCUACCUCGAGCUCGGUAAUACUCGCGUUCUGGUGGCCGUGUAUGGCCCGCGCGAGGUCUCCAGUGCCAAGGCCGCGCGCCAGACCACCCAGUCCAGUGACCGUGCCACGGUGUGCUGCCAGUUCAGCAUGGCCACUUUCAGUGGUGGCGAGCGUCGCCGCAAGAUCAAGGGUGACCGCCGCACCAUGAGCCACGCAUCGGCCCUGGAGAAGGCCUUUUCCUCGACCAUUGCCAUUGAUAAGAUCCCCCCGCGGUCGCAAAUUGACAUCUUCGUCGAGGUUCUCCAGUCCGAUGGCGGAAUGCUUGUGGCCUGCAUCAAUGCCACAACCCUGGCCCUGAUCGACGCUGGCAUCGAGAUCCGUGACUACCUGUGUGCCUCCUCUUCGGCUCUGCUCAAUGAUAUCACCGUCAUCGACCCGAACCAGAACGAAGAGCAGUCUUUCGGCGGCUCGCCGACGGCCACCGUUGCCGUGCUCCCGGUGACCGGCGGUGUGGUGUACCUGGAUGUGGAUACCCGCCUGCACAUCGACCGGUUAGAGGAGCUGGUCAACCAGGCUACCACCGGGGCCCUGACCAUCCACACCCUGCUGGAGAAGGUGGUCCGCGACCGGACCCAGAGCACCGUCUCCACCACGUCGGCCCAGCAAAAUGCCUGAGGUUGCCGGCGUGAGCCAAAGCUCCCCCCCCCCC